AUGGAUGAAGUGACGAGUCUACUGAGAUAUCUUCUCACAACCAAACAUUCCAUUGAUACGCUAGAUUCCAUUGUUAAUCAAUUAAAAAUUUCGAAAGAACGUAUUCUACAAUUGAUUAAUGAACAAUCUUAUAAUGAAUACUUUCAAUUAUUACGCCCUUUACUUCGUCAUAAUCAAAUGAUAGACAAAAUCGCUUUGACAUUAGACCUUUUCUGUUGUACACACUACGCUCAACAAUGUAAAAAACAAUUCUGUCCGUUUUUGCAUCUGUGCCCUUAUAAUAUACGGCCAAUGUAUGCGAAAUGUACAAAUAAAACUUGUCCGUACGAUCAUGAUAUCUUCAAAAGUGUCCACAAUCAGAGAAUUUUGGAUGCACGAGGUUUAUCUUCAAUUCCGGCAGUCGUUUUACACGAAUUAGUUCGAGCGAGUGCUGACCCAAUGCGAUCGUUUUGGGUGUGCACUGACCAUGCGAAGAAAGGCGGUUGUCCGAAAAAGCAGUAUUGCGAUAAAUUACAUUACUGUUAUUAUGACUUAAUAGGUUCUUGUACGAAACCUCAGUGUCAACAUGCGGUCAAUGAUGCUUGUCUCAUGUAUUUUCGACAAAAAGAAAUCAAUGAGCAAAGUCAUGAUGACAUUCUCGAAGCAUUUAAGAAAGUUCUUCGACAACGUAAACCUGAUUUAAUCGAUAUAAGCAAUGUACAAUCAGCGACAGCAAGUCCAAAAAUCUCAAAUUCAGCUCAUAAUCAACGGAAAUCAACAAAUAAUCAGCAGUCACGUGCUUCGCCUUCUUCACGAAGAUCUACACCUAUUGCGUCGGCAUCAGCUUUAUCAACCUACGAUGAUAUUUUAUCCUCGAAACUCGAUACUUCACCGCCUUUACCUGAUCAUGAACAAGAUAUUAUUCUAUUAGAUUCUUAUAAUAAAGAUGAUUAUUCACAAACCGAACGUUACCUUUCAAAUGAAAUCGGAUGUCCAGUUAAAAUCUUAGCAUCGAAAAACAUUUUCUCAGAAAAGAAAGAAAAACAAAGUUCAACAAGUCGUACAAAACCGGUCUACUACUAUUGUCCACUCCGAAGUCCAUCUGAUGUUUUUCAAUUACUUCGUUGGCAAAAUGAAAACAAGAAACUAAUUAAACCAUUGACUGUCUACGCUAGUGUCAACGACGCACAUAACAUGGCAACACAACACUUCCAAACGAAUCAACUUUGUAUUUUCCGUGUGCAUCUUCUCGGAUCUGGUAUUAAUAAUGGACCUUUGUUACCAGACAGUCGGCUACAAUUAGAUGAUCCGUUAACCAUGUGUUUUGAUCUUUUUUUUAUUUAUUCUUCUUUGUAUAUCGACGAACUUGUGUCUCAUUACAUCUUUUGUUCAGAACAAAGUAAAAGUUCAUUUCUAACAUUCCAUAUGGCUUCAUCUACUGAAAAUACAACGCCGAAUAACGGUGCAACGCCAGAAAUGAGCGAAGAAGCAAAACUAAGAGCCAAGUACGGCGGCGCUCUUCCUCGACAACAGAAUAUGUUGACAAAGAAAUUAAUGAAUAAGCCGAAAUAUUUCGAUUCAGGUGAUUAUAAUGUUGCGAAAUCACAAGGUAAACUAGCCGCUAGCAAACCUGAUCCAACUAGCAAAACCAGCAGUAUAAAAGAAGGAACACCAUCGAUAGUACCCGAAACAAUCACUGGUCAUGAAAUCCCAACCCCGGAAACCGUUAUGCCGAGAAAACUAUCGUGUGCUGCAACAGUUACGCCGACAACAACACCCAUAAUUCCUAACAGCUCAAUGCCACCAACAUCAUCAACUCAAUAA